UCCAUGUGUGACAGUAAUGGGCGAUGCGCGAUAAAAGAGUAGUCGAGACUUCGUGGGAUUAGAAUGAUAAUCGUGUUUUUGCGUUUUAGGAAACAGAGAUACGUGUAAAACUAUUGGAAUAUUGUUUAUUACGAAGAUAGUUUCAACUCGCUACUAUUGUAGCAUGACCAACUAGCGUUUGUUUUGGUGGCUAGCUAAACGACGCAGAGCAACGUUGUUUUCUAACUUACAUCCUGUAAAGUGUAUUUAAUGGCCCUUUAACACUACAAUCCGAGUUGGCGAAUAAAUCCAUUAAAUAGACGUGCCUAUUGAUGAGAGAAAAGCAUGUCUCCUCCGCAGUAUAAAUAACACGUGUGCUAGUUUUUGCCAAACCAUAGCCAACGACACUCAAUGGCUGCUGUGUUUGUUUGACUUGUAGAAAAAUGUGACUGCAGUCCUAUUAACGCAGAAUGGACAGAGACUUGUUGAGGCAGUGUCUGACGUAUCAUGGAGAAUCGUUGUUCAACAAACUGAAAUGUGAACAAACAGAAAACCCAGACUUCCAAGCUGUGGUGUCUGACCUGUGCAAGGUCUCCUGUGAAAGCAAGAGUGAUGGUCAGGACAGCCCCCUUGUGGAGCAGUUCAUUGCCCGGAAGGCUGACAUCCUGUUCUGUCCAGCAUGGAAGACCACCAACCAUCAAGAAGAGGAACAUGAGGAGGAGGAUGAUGCUGCAGAGCCAUAUGCCAUUAUGCCACCAAUGGAGUUAUUCAUGGAGGUGUCUUAUGAAGAAAGAAAAACCAUGCUGUACAGGGACUUGGAAAGAGGAGACAUCUUGGUGGGGAGGAUCAACAACAUUAGAGAAUACGGCUUCUUCCUCACUCUGCUUUGCACGGCCGGUGGACUGAAGAGAGACAUAGAGGACCUAGAGUUGUCGGCUCUUUGUCAUGUCAGAGAAAUUCCCUCCAGUGGCAGCCAUGAUGAUCCUCUGUCCUACUUCCAGAUCGGGGACUUCAUCAGAGCUGCGGUGAAAGAUAUUGACCGCUACCAGGAGAAAAUCACAGUCUCCCUCCAACAGGCCUCUCUUAAUCCCAACUUGGAGCACAUCAAACUGGGUGUCGUUCCUCGAGAGGAGCUGCCCAUACACUACAGUCGUAGCGUUCAUGCAGCCGCUGACUCCAGUGCGACGUAUGAAUGCAUACUGAGGGGCUGUCAUGGCUACCACAACCCCUCUGUAGUGGCCUACCUGCUGGAAAAGGUGGGAGUUAGUGACACCCACCCACCAUCAAUGAUGAGAGGACUACAAAGUAAACUUUUUCAAGAGGAAGAUUUUGCCUCUGCAAUCAGGAAGAAACAGUCUGCAUCAUGGGCUCUGAAGUGUGUUCGUGCAGGUGUGGGCCACUUCAAACAUGGUCGUCAUGUGGAAGCCAUGAACGAAUACAACAAAGCCUUGGAUAUCGACACUAAUAAUGUAGAAGCACUGGUGGCUCGUGGAGCUCUGUAUGCUAACAAAGGCAGCAUCAUGAAGGCUAUAACAGACUUUGAACUGGCUCUGGAGGGCUGUCCAGAUCAUCGCAACGCCAAGAAGUACCUCUGCCAGACGCUGGUGGAGAGAGGAAAACAGCUUGAGGAACAGGAAAAACUAGUAACAGCGGAGGGAUUGUACAGGAGAGCUCUAUCUCUGGAUGACUCAAACCUUGAGGCGAAGGAGGCGCUGCACAAGAUCACAGACGCUAUACAGAAAUCGAUUCGCCUGCGAGAAGAAGCGCUGGCUAAGGAGCAGGACAAAGCUACGAGCAGCCAGAUCAGUGCUGAGAAAUUGCGUAAGAUCUUAAAAGAGGAGAAGAGGAUGAAGAAAAAACGGAAGAGAUCUUCCUCUUCGUCAUCCGCUACUUCCUCCAGGAACUCCUCUCCAUCUUCAUCGUCUUCCUCCUCUCGCAGGAGAUCCAAAAAGAAGAAAAAGAAGAGGAGGAGGUCUGAGCGGGGAAGUAAGCGCCAUCGCAGGAUCUCCUCCCGGGAGAGCAGGAGGAGCGAGGAGGGUAAGAGCGACAAAGACAGGAAGGUGAAAGAGGAGGACGAGGUGGAGUGGUAUCCCGCUCCCCCCAACAUCUCCGCCACCUUUCUCAACCAGAAGGGAGGCCCGGGUUUUGGAGAGAGGGAUGAGGAGGAGGUAACGGUGAGGGAUGUUGACGAUAGACGUAUCUCUCAACUGUACUCCUUGUCUGCAGCCUCAGAGGAUGAAGAGUCUGACUCCUCAUGCAGAGAAAGGAAGAGAAGGGACAGAGAAGAGAGCAGGAAAAAGAUAAUGAAAAACAGUCUGAGCAGAAGCCCAGAUAGAGAAGAGAGGGGGAGUAGGAGUACAGAGAGUAGGGAUAAGAGCAGGGAGGAUAACAGGAAAGACAGGAGAGACAGUGACUCCAAGAGGAUAAGUAGCCUGGACGAGAACAGGAAGCGAAAAGUAUCCUGCUCGUCUGCGGAGUCUGAGUAUUCGAGGAAAUCCAGUUUCAAAUCUGAAUAUUUGGGGAACUCUGGUUCUGCUUCUAAACAUGUAGAGAGUAGGAUGAGACAUGACUCUUCCAAGAGGAACUCCUUCGAUGGCGGAAGGUAUGAGAGCAGAGGGCGGGAGGAAAUUCAAGAGAUGGAAGAGGCAACCAGAGAGAAGGACAAUAGAAAGGGGAAAGUAGUGGAGGACAGCAGCAGGUCAGAUGCAGGAAACGGUAAAAUAUCAGAAGGUGCUGGAAAUCACAACAAGCAGAGUAGUUUGACCUCAGUGCCAGGAGGAAGCGCUAAAAAAGAGCUCCCAUCUAACCUGUUAGAUAUUUUUAAUCAGAUUGCCCAGUUUCAGAAGGAGAAAGGAGUCGGGCCAAAAUAAUAACUCUGAAACCAAAAGUCCAAAAGGUGCCCAAAUACUAGUGAAACAAGACUGUGAAAUAUGGUUUAAAAUCGUUUGAACCAUGAGAGCGUUCAUUCUGGACUCUGUAUCAAGCUGAUUGAAUGUUCCCAGUUGUUGUACCUUUUAUUGUUAGAAAAUAAAUGCCAUUAUACUUUGAAAUGUCUUAGUUCUUGUAGUAGAUUUAAGGCCUGUGAGCAACUGUUCACAAUGUGUUCACAAUGUGUUCACAAUGUGUUAAAAUGUUCACCUGAAUUGGUUGAAGCUAUAAUUUAAGUAAAAACUUUCCUAAAUGAUGUGAUUACAUGGUAUGAUUGUAACUGGUGAUUUUUAGUGUAUUUCAAGCAAAGAACAUUUUAAAAAAUCUACAUCAAUGAUGCAGCUAUUAUAUAAUUAUUCAUUAUUGCUUCACAUGUGCUCAUUUCCCCAUUUAGAUGUUUUUUUGUGUGGAAAUUUUGACAAGUUAUAACAUUGUUCAGCACAUCUGAAGUCACAUCAGUUGCUCCAGGCUUUAAUAUCUAUUUUGUGUUCAUGUUAAGUUGCGACUUAUCUGUUAAAGAUGAUACUGCCUUAUGUUUACUGCCUUGUGCCAUUUUGUGCAUUCUCUCUGUGGCUCGUUGAAUCCCAAACAACCUGACUGUUAGUACUGCAGUACUUUUUCAAGCUUCACACAAUGCAGAUGUUCCAGCUGUAUCCCAACACAUUUUUUCUCUGUAGUAAAACAAACUCUGUUGAAUCAAUAAAGCCUUUAAAAUGUCAAAA